GCCGCGCGUGCCGCGCCGCGUCGUUGUGAACGCGUUUUUAAAAUCACGUGGCGAGGCGCGGCAGUGAGGCGAGAAUCUCCCGGUCCCUCCCUGGCGAACCCUGCGACAGCGGAAUGCCUCUCGCUGGUGCCGCUGCGCUGCUGUAGGCGGUGGGAUCUGUGAGCUGCCGUCCGUCGCGGUGCCGGGAGGAGCCGGAAGGAGCCAUGAGCUCGCGAUGGGCCCCGUGGGAGGGAGUGGUGCGCACGUGCCAGCGCAUGGCGCGGACCAAGACCCUCGACGCCGACCUCAUGGAGACGUCGCUCACGCGCUGCCUUUCCACGCUCGACCUCACGCUGCUCGGCCUCGGAGGCAUGGUGGGCUCGGGCCUCUACGUGCUCACGGGCACCGUGGCCAAGUCGAUGGCGGGCCCGGCGGUCAUCAUCUCGUUCCUGUUGGCCGGCCUGGCCUCCAUGCUGGCGGCGCUGUGCUACGCGGAGUUCGGAGCGCGGGCGCCGCGGGCCGGUUCGGCGUACCUCUACACGUACAUGACCAUGGGCGAGGUGUGGGCCUUCAUGAUCGGCUGGAACGUCGUGCUUGAGUACAUGAUCGGCGGCGCCGCCGUGGCGCGCGCCUGGAGCGGCUACUUCGACGCCAUCUUCGAGCACAAGAUCCAGAACUUCACCCUCACCCACGUCGCCUCCUGGGACGUGCCGUUCCUCGCCCACUACCCCGACUUCCUCGCCUGCGGGAUUUUGUUUAUCGCGACAAUUUUGGUUUCCUUUGGCACCAAAGUAUCCUCUUGGAUCAACCACCUGUUCGCCGUCAUCAGCAUGGGGGCCAUCCUUUUCAUCCUCGUGUUCGGCUUCACACUGGCCGAUCCGCAGAACUACAGCAAAAAGGAGGGCGGCUUCGCUCCGUUCGGAUUCUCGGGCAUUAUGACGGGGACGGCCACGUGCUUCUUUGCCUUUGUCGGCUUCGACGUGAUCGCGUCAUCGAGCGAGGAGGCUCGGGACCCAUCUCGCUCCGUUCCGGUGGCCACGGCGCUGUCGCUGGUCCUCGCCACGCUGGCCUACACCCUGGUGGCCACGGUGCUCACGCUCAUGGUGCCCUGGCACUCGCUGGUGCCCGAGUCGGCGCUGUCAGAUGCCUUCUCCCGCCGGGGGCACCCGUGGGCCGGCUUCAUUGUCUCCACCGGCUCCAUAUGCGCGAUGAACACCGUGCUGCUGAGCAGCCUCUUCUCGUUGCCGCGCAUCAUCUACGCGAUGGCCGACGACGGGCUCUUCUUCUCCGUCUUCUCUCACCUGCACGCCGUCACCAAGGUUCCCGUCAACGCCAUCGUGGUGUUCGGAACACUGACGGCCGUGCUGGCCACGCUGUUCGACCUGGAGGCGCUCGUGCAGUUCCUGUCCAUCGGCACGCUGCUGGCGUACACCUUUGUAGCGGCGAGCAUCAUCGUGCUGCGCUACCAGCCCGACCGCACCUUGCAGAGCGAGUUCCUGGACAUCUCGCCGGACAAGGAAGGCGAGCGGCGCGACACGGCCGGCUACGAGUCGUUCUCGGACAAGCUGCGUCUCGUGGGGAAGCAGCGGGGAGAAACAGACGCGCGGCAGGCCGGCUGCCUCAAGGCCAGGUUUGAGUGUCUUCUGCGGGUGCUGGCGCCGUGCGGCCCGGGCGAGGCGGUGGUGGUGUGCGUGGUGGCGCUGCUCGUGUGCGCCACCUCGCUCGCCUCCAUGCUCGUGUUUGGCUCCUCGCACCUGCACCUGCCGACGUGGGCCUUCGCGCUCUUCCUCUCCAUCUUCGGCCUGGGCUUCCUCGUCAGCGUGAUGCUCAUUGCCGCUCACGAGCAGAAUCGCGGUCCCACUACCUUCUUGGUUCCGUGUGUGCCAUUCCUGCCGGCCCUGAGCAUGCUCAUCAACAUCACCCUGAUGCUGAAGCUCAACUACAUGACGUGGGUGCGCUUCAUGGUGUGGAUCGUUGUCGGCAUGUUCAUCUACCUGUCGUACGGGAUGUGGCACAGCAAGGAGCGGCUGCGGGAGCCGGCUCCGCGCACGGUGACCGCGCGCUACGUCGUCAUCCCCAGUGGCCGUCUCUCCGAGAGCCUGCAGCCCGUGCAGCCCCCGGGGGACAGGCCCUGCAGCCUCAGCGACAGCGACAGCGACGCCGAGUUGGACGGCGUCUCCAACCGCCAGAGAUAGGUGCCUGCAGGCCUCGGGGGCUGAGGCCUCCUGUAGGCCUCAGAGUCUUUCUGGGACUCGGGGUCUCACUGGUCCUCGGGGACUUACUGGGACUCAGGGUCUCACUGGGACUCGGGGUCUCCCUGGGCCUCAGGGCCUCGGGGGGCCUCGAGGUCUCACUGGGACUCAUUGUCUCACUGGGCCUCGGGGUCUUCCUGGGCCUCGGGGGGCCUCAAGAUCUGGUUGGGCUGCACGCGAAGUGAAGUUGCCCCUGCUGAGGGCGCAGGGCUGCUUUGUGGAGAACGCUCGCUCGUUGCAGGUGACGUCUGGCUGCACUGAGCACGUGGACGCGUUCAGCGUUUGUCGGAAUCCUUAAUGAGAGGCGGGCGCCACACAGCAUCGAAAGACACCCUCCGCAGUUAAUUUAAAGGAAGACGCAAUGCAAAAACCCCACAUUGGUUGACAUUUUAUGAUGUGAACAAAACAUCCAUUUAUGGCAAUGUCCAGUUUAAACGGAGUGAAGGGGUGGGGGGCAUGGCUUGAGAAGGCCUUCAUCCAGUAGUGAAUAGCUACCGGAUGACGAUGGGGGGGAUAGUGCUACCUUUUCAGGUUUUAAAUUCCCCUCCGUGCUGGGCCUCGUAGACUGGAGCUGCUCCCACCGCACAGCCCCGUGGCAUGCCUGGGCUGGUGGCGCUCUCCUCUCCUCGUGUGUAACGGUAACCACCCUAGAGGGCGCUGUGGCCCUCUGUCUGGCUGUCACAUGGCCCUUACUCGCAAUUAGCUCUCUUAACAUUGGAAGCUUCAGACGCCCUUAAAGCCCAUUAAGGCAGUCGAGGUUUGCACCUGCAAGGUAAAAUAUUUCAGUUUUGUUUUGCGUCUUUCUUUAAACGUUUAAUGUGCAAUCCCAUGUUGAACUAAGUACAGAGCAGUUUGAGUUCUCGUUCACCGUUGUUUGCGCCAAAGUCACUCAAGCUCAGAGGUAUUUCAAUGUUUAAUUGAAAAUUGUAAAAUUGUUCCUUGGUGUACACAGAACACAUAUAACUUCUACUUCGUACAGUUGACAUGAAAAUUGCAAACCAUUUUACUUUCAAAUAUAUAUUUAUUUAAAGCCUUGUCAAUCAAAGGUCAAAAGAUUUGAUGUUUUAAAAUGAAUGUGUUGGCUGUCGUUGCAUGAGAAUGGCUAUUCCCUGAGACCAGCCAACCAAAACAUCAACAGCCUUACCCCGCAAAGAGAAAAUACUUCGUCUUUUUUAUUAUUAUUUAGUCAACCUAUGUGGUCGUGAGUAGAGAAGCGUUCAUGUAAUUUAACUUCUCAGUCCUUGUAUACCUUACACAUUCCGCUCUCUAGGCUCUCUUACCAUUCCUGCUGUGCGUGCUGGGCGUAUACAAAGACAAAGCUCCCCCGUGUAUCCCCUAACAGACCUGAGGAGCAAGUGCUGUUAGUGAGUAGCAGCACCGAUGAAGACCAGCACAGCACACGCGGGGGUGGGUGGCCAGCACCACGCCCAGAGACGCCUUCAUCUCCCCAGUGGCGAUGUUUACACACCGCACCAGAUACUCACGCGAGGCCCAGGACCGGUUCCGAUAAUCGUCACCAGUGUUGGUGGCCCUGAGCAGGCAUGGAACUGGGUUCACCACGUAUGUACACACACACACAGCCAGGUCCAGUUGUUGAGCUUAGCCACAGGUCUUACUGCACAUUCGCCUUGGCCACUGCCUACAACCCAUGAGUCGUGAGUUGUAGCCCUGGCCACCCUCCUAGUAACUGCAAGUAACAUUUAUGCCCACAGGUGGUUGGAUUGCUAAGCACAGUAUGUGUGCAUGUACAGCCCUUUUGUCAUUCCACUGCUGGAUGAGGACCUCCCACCGCCAAGUGGGUUGUGGGGAUCAUUUGACCAUACUUCACCAUAUUUGUCAGCGCGUAUUCGUGACGGACGGGGACCGUAGACGUGUGACUAUAGAAGUACAGUACAGUAAAAUAUAACAAGUGAUUUUCUGCACUGACCUCUGCUGGUCACAUAACUAAGUCAAUAAAAAACCUGUCACUACAAAGUUGGAACCCAUCCAAGAAGUAACCAGGCUCAACCAAGCUUAGCUUCUGAGAUCUGAUGAGAUAUUUGGCAUUUGAAAAACUACACUUGCAUAACACAUUCCAGUGAACACACAUAUUUUGCUAAAAGCGAUUGUGUUGCUGUUGUUAGCUUAGUUACAACAGUGCAGGUUUCAGGUUCACAAGCCCGUGGCAACUUCUAAACCGCAGCACGCUCGGAGGAGCAGCAGCUGGGAAUGCAGAGCCCCCAGUGCCACCCUCAGUGACGGGGAAACACGGAGACCCUGGAGAGAACUUCGAUUCUUCCUCCUGGCUGGGGCCAGAGGUCACUGCAUUUCGCUGGACACUAGAGGUGGCUGCGCACUGCUUGUUGUGUUUAGUUUGUCGUCCUUCCCCCCGCACCUCCGAUCAGCACGGUUGGCUACGUACGGUGCGAAAGACGCCCGACAUAUACGUACAUUCAUCAAACUUAAUCAUUCGCUUUCUCGCAAACCAUGAGCCGACUGUGACAUGUUGUGCCAUCGCGGUACGGACACGUCAUUCAGCGUCCGUUGAGUUGUAAGAUGUUCGGGUUGUACCGACAGCGCGUUGUGGGAGGCGCUACUUUGUUGUGUGGGUUACAUUCACCUUUUGCACAACGCCGCGCCCGCUCGGGAUGCAUCGGCCCUUCUCGGCACAAUUCCAUAAGUAGCCGUGCGCAUUAUAUCUUUUGAUACUAUUGACGCACUGCACGUUCUGGUGUGUGAAUAGUAUGUUACAGCUGCUAUCCAGAUAAAAAUGCCCUUCAUGAUGCUCGGUUUUUUUUGCGGAAUGUAAUCCCAUUUCCUCUUUGGGAUUACGUACCGCAGUCAUCGCCUCCUCCUGGCAGACUCGUGUCUCUUUGCAGACCAGGCAUCAAGUCCCCUUGUGCCGCACAAAGAUAGCUGUCACUGGGGGUGCCCUUUCAAAUGUGUUCAGAUGCGAUGCGAUGCAAAGCACUCUUGAGACGGACCGGUAUGUGAUAUCAUCAUUAUUACUUACUGCGCGUUGUGACUUUUAUUUGUCGUAAGUCCUAGUUUUGUUGUUUUGCACGUACAGGUUACGAGAUAUAAGAGUAUCUCAGCAGGAGUAGCUUGUGUUUAGUGGGAAAUUGUGCAAUGUUCUGUUUCCUCGUUUGUAUAUCAUUAUUAUGCAGUCCACCACACUCAAACCUUUUAUUUUCCCCCGGGCGUAUUUAAGAUGAGAAGCUCUCAUGUCGAUGGAAAUCCAUAUAACUUGGUGGCAAUGCAUGCAGGCUGAGACAAACUACUAUAAAACACCUGUUGAUUGGGACAGCGGAGCUGCUGACCAUAGCACGAAGCCUCAGUACCACACAAACCCAGUAGAGGGUAGACACGCAGCAUUGACACCACGACUCGCGCGAUGGCGAAUGCAACUGCAUUGUUGAACACACCACAGAGUAGCAGCAGCAGCCCUUACUACAAACAUCUGUGAAUAAUCGCAGCAGUGAGAUGGUAGUGUUAACGUGUGCUGAUGAUCCUUACCCAGUGUAAAGCAGUAUAACAACCUUCUGCCUUGAAACGUUAUGAAGGCCACGUCUUCAGCAGCGUGACUGGCUUGGUCGAGCCACGCCGUGCACACGCAGGCCCUACCGCUGGGCUUCCAUGGCUUUGCGGUUGUCCCGCGAUGCUGCGUGACGUGAACCCUGCAGAUCGAUUAUUAAAAACGCAUUCGAGUGACUCGCUGCAAUCGCUAAACCGCGUUGCUGUUGUCCUGCACAAGCACCCACUGUGAUUGGCUUCAUUUGCAUUGACGCGUUCACAGGUUGCAUUCCUACUUGUUCUAAAAUGUACAGAAUUCCAUAUUUGCAGCGGGAACGUGGAUUGUGUCGGACAACGCCCCCCUCCGUGGGCGGUGCACCCACCACGGGCCUUAACGUGACCGAGAGAUCCAUCAGGAUGCGAUGGCUUUUUGCGCCACGCGAGGCCGUGGCUGUUUGACGGUUGUGUAAGCCACGUGCUCUUCGAGUCCGUAACCACAUUGCGACCCGAACCUCUCCCGUGAUCGAACCGCAACCAAAGGCCCACGGAGUCGUGCGUCGUGUGCCGCGCUGUCCUGAAGACACGUGUGGGAGUAGCUUCGUUGUGUCCAGUGAGGUCUGUGCUUGAUGUUGACAGUGGAGAGUAGACGUUGUGUUUCACCCUCACUUCGGAAUCCGCCUGCCCCAGUGGCCGUGCCCCUCGCACCUCCUUCACGAUGAGCGAACGUGGCAUCACGUCGUCACGUGAAUAUUCUGGUGAUGAGUUGCUAACGCGCGCCGCCUGUCACGGGACGUGCCUGUCACUGAUGUGAGCCGUGGCGGUGUGGACAGCGGCGACUGUAGAUGACGGGGACUGUGACGCCGAGACGUGAAUUGUCCGCUGUGAAGAGUGCGCGUGUUGUGAGUCUACUGGUACGGUGGUGGUUGUGUCGGUCGACACGAUGCCGACCGCGCUGGAGGAGGAGGAAGGCUCUGCCACUGUCUGCGUCUGGAUCAGUGGCGGAUCGAAGGGGGGGAGGAGGCGAUGGGGGUAAUAGCCCCCCCCCCCACCCCAAAAUCAAAAAAUUAAUUGGUAUUGCAGGUACACUGAUAUAUUCCAUAGAAAUUACGUUCAAUGGUUUGUGUUGUUAUCAUUGACGUGUGGCCAUAUUUUAAAAGCUUGACAUUUCGGAACCGCGCCCCUACCAUGGGAAGUUGCUCAAUUCGCCUCUGGUCUGCACGUGGCUGGUGAGUGCAGUGGGCCGGGAGAGUGACUGGUGCUUACUUUUAUGUUAUUUAAUGGUUGUCGGUGGUGUUGUGUUACGUUAACUUAUUUCAAAGUGAUUUGAAAUCUUAUAUAUUUUUUUAAAAACUGGAGUAAUUUACAUUUUACAAAGGUUAUGAAUUAUUAUUGUCCUUGUAAAGUAUGUAAUAAAUGUGUACCGAAGCAUCUCUGAUUCUUCCUGCUACUACUCACA